CACGUGAAGGCUGCGGAAAGAUACGAGACCGACACGCUUCUGCAAACGCUCUCUCCCCCGCUACAAAACAAAACGAUAACUCCUCCCUUUCUCGAUUCUAAUCCCUCCUUCACCAUCACGCAGAUCUCCAGCUCCUGCUCCUUUCCAUCGGAAAAGAUCCGAAAGGGCGACUCUCUACCCAUCUAUCGUCGCCGAUGGGAUCCGACUUCCAAACCAUCCCCGUGAUAGAUAUUGGCCCUCUUGUGGAAAAGAUCGAUGAUCCAAAGAUGACCAAUGACGCAGAAAUGAGGGAAGUUAUUAGAAUGCUGGACAAGGCUUGUAAAGAUGCGGGAUUCUUCUAUGUGAAGGGUCAUGGUAUACCUGAUUCACUGGUUAAAGAAGUUAGAGAUAUCACGCACAAAUUCUUUGGUCUUUCUUGUGAGGAUAAAUUAAAGAUUAAGAUGAGACCAGCAAGUGGAUACAGAGGAUAUCAAAGAAUUGGGGAAAAUAUAACCAAGGGAAAGCCUGACAUGCAUGAAGCUAUUGAUUGCUAUAGGGCAAUUGAUCCGGGAACAUAUGGAACUCUUGGUAAACCUUUGGAAGGAUCCAAUUUAUGGCCAGAUUAUCCUUCACACUUCAAAGAACUGAUGGAAGAAUAUAUCUGCCUUCUCAGAGAUCUUUCAAGAAAGAUAAUGCGUGGAAUUGCUUUAGCCUUGGGUGGGACAGCAGAUGCAUUUGAAGGUCAAGUAGCAGGAGAUCCUUUUUGGGUAAUGCGACUAAUUGGAUAUCCAGUCUCAUCCAAUAUCCCAGAGACGCAACGUACAGAUACAGGAUGUGGAGCUCACACAGAUUAUGGUCUUCUCACAUUGGUUAACCAAGAUGAUGACAUUCAUGCUCUUGAGGUGAGAAACCGAUCUGGUGAGUGGAUAUGUGCUGUUCCUAUCCCUGGUACUUUUGUUUGUAACAUCGGUGAUAUGCUAAAGAUCUGGUCUAAUGGAUUAUAUGAGUCAACUCUACAUAGGGUGGUUAACAACUCUCCGAAGUAUCGUGUUUCUGUUGCAUUCUUUUAUGAGCCAAAUUUUGAUACAUGCAUAGAACCGGCAGAUUUUUGUAAGCAAAAGACAGGUGGAAUCGCAAAGUAUGAGAAGUCUAUUUAUGGAGAGCAUUUAGUUCAAAAGGGCCGACCAUAUGAGGCUACAAGUAAAAUAUUAUGUGGAAUCUGAACUGCAGCUGAUGAAUCCAAAAAAAGUAGUGGUGGUGGGGCAAUUGAGAAGCAGGAUUUCGGUCUCUAUAGAAUAAUGUAACCCUGUGAUGCCUAGAGGUUAUGAUGCCUUUUCGUUUGCAGGCUGGCUGCCAUUCUUCGUUUAUUCUAAUGAUGUCUGUUUAUAUUGGCCUACCUGCAUUCAAUUGUUAGCGUACUGAAAACCCCCUCUUCUUGUUCCAAUGGAGUCAGAUCAAAUUAAACUAUUAAUCCUUUUGAUUUGUGGGCCAAAA